AUGUCAGACAUACCUGUGAAUGAAGUGAUAAGUGAGGUGGCACUCAUUUUCACUUUAGUUAUCCUCCAGAACAAUGUGUCCAUUGACAAGGAUGAUCUACAAAGGUUCAACGACAAGCUAUUGGCCAACAUCCAGGAUUGUAUUGAUCCAGUCAAUGGAGUCCUCUUGAGCUAUGGUAUCUUCCCGACAGCAGCCUGCAUCAAUCAUUCAUGCCUCCCCAACACGGUCCGAUACACUGACAACAAUGGCAUGUUGGUGUUCCGCAGCAACAGGGCCAUCCAGUCGGGUGAAGAGAUCACCACAAACCGUAUUCCUGAAGUGAUGCUCACAAGAUCCAAGCCACUUAGGAACAUUGUGACCAAGCAGCUUGAUAUCCAUUGUACUUGCAUUCGCUGCACCGUUGACAACAAGGAGUAUCGAUGUCCAACGUGUGGCCUUGGAGUUGACCGAAGUAUGAUCAAGACAUGGGAGCCAUUGCCAGAGAUCAACUUGAUGGCCGAGUGUACCAGUGUACCAAAGGUCAUAUCACCAUGGCUGGUUACUACGAGAUGCUAG